AUGGGGUUCCUCGACUUCGUCAAGAGCGACGAGAAGCGCGCCUCCUCGGUUGAGGAUGAGCGCGUUGUCCCCCAUGGUGAUGGUGAGGUCGGUGAGGUGCACGAGGCUGGCGACGACCUGCAUCGUGGCAUGAAACCAAGACAGCUGAGUCUGAUCAUUGGAUCCGGCAAUGCGCUCAAGAACGGAGGCCCCGGCUCCAUGUUGAUUGGAUACAUCAUCAUGGGCUUCAUCGUCUACAUCGUCAUGGUGGCACUCGGCGAGAUGGGUGCCUGGCUGCCACACAAGAAGAGCUUCUCGGGUUACGCCUCUCGGUUUGUUGAUCCGGCACUGGGUUUCGCAACGGGGUGGAAUUAUUUCUUCAAAUACGUCAUCGUCUUGCCGAACAACCUGACAGUGACCGGUAUUCUCAUCGCCUAUUGGCGGCCCGACCUGAACGUGUCGAUUUGGAUCGUCGUCUUUGGCGUCGCCAUCAUCGCACUCAAUCUCCUCCAUGUUAGCUUCUUCGGCGAGGCAGAGUUCUGGAUGUCGCUCCUCAAAGCCAUCGUCAUCUGCGCGCUGAUCUUGAUCUGCUUCGUCAUCGCUCUGGGAGGCGGCCCCGACCACGACCGCAGAGGCUUCCGGUACUGGAAAGACCCAGGUGCAUUCAAGCAGUACAACAACAUUGAAGGAGACCUGGGCCGCUUCCUCGGUGUCUGGGCAUCCAUCGUCCAGGCGACCUUCGCCUACCUCGGUACCGAGCUGGUCGGUGUUGCGUUCGGCGAGACGCCCAAUCCCCGCAAGAACGUCCCCCGCGCCGUGAGGCAGACACUGCUGCGUAUCGUCUUCUUCUAUGUCGCCGGUGUCAUCAGCCUGGGAAUGGCCGUCCCUUACAACAACGCGAGGCUCAUUAGCGACACGUCCAAGGGCACCAGCGGCGCGGCCUCCCCCUUCGUUAUCGCGGCCAAGAUCGCCGGUAUUCAGAAGCUCGACAGUGUCAUCAACGGCUUCCUACUCGUCUUCACCGUUUCCGCCGCCAACUCGGACAUCUACCUCGCCGCCAGGACGAUCUGGGCUCUGGCUAAGGACGGCCAGGCCCCCGCCAUCUUCCACAAGACCAACAAGAACGGUGUCCCCAUCGCCGCCGUCGCCGUCUCGUCGCUGUUCAUUUUGCUGGGCUUCAUGAACGUCACCAAGGAUGCCGCAACGGUCUUCGGGUACUUUGUAUCCCUGGUCACCGUGUUUGGCGCGCUCAACUGGAUCUCGAUUCUGGUCAGCUACCAUUUCAUGCUGAAGGGCAUGAAGGCUCAGGGGAUUCCCAGGAGUGUCAUGCCGUACCGCAACCCGCUGCUGCCUUGGGGAGCCUACAUCGCGUUUGUGGUCACCGUGCUGGUCAUUGUUUUCAACGGCUUCUCUGCGUUCAUGCCAUUCAAGGUUGACAAAUUCAUAACCAGCUACAUCGGAAUCCCCAUAUAUGUGAUCAACGUUUUCUGGUGGAAGAUCUUCAAGAAGACCAAGAAGGUCCGCUACGAGGAGAUGGACCUGCAGACCGGACGACGAGAUGCUUAG